AUGGUCGUCGUCGCUCGACCGUUCACCACCAGCACGCGUCGUACACGCACCGAGACGCUGUGCGAGAUGAUGCUGUGCGCCUCGAAGCGCCACCAUCGCUGGCUACCACGGCUGGAUCGACCGGCCACGGUGGCCCCCAUCGCCGUCGCGAUCAUGACGAUUCAAGUCGUCCGCGCUUGUCUCGGGUCGCUGCCCACUGACGCAACCAAGGUGGUUGUCCCGUCGCUGACGCAGCACGACCUUAGCUGGAUCGUGGGCUUUGGGACGUGGAUUGUCGCAGCGACUGCGCCAUUUGCCGGUCACGUGACCGAUCGCGUCGGCGCUUCAAACGCGGUGGUCGCGUCGUGUCUCGUCGCCGGCGUGACGUGCCUCCUGCUGAGCAUUCUGCUGACGUCCGACGGCUUGUCCAAAGCCGUGCUCCUCUACAGCUAUGGUCUUCUCUCGGCGUUGCAAAGUACCUCGACCUGCGCGCUGGCCAAGGUGGGCGCGACGCGGGCGUCGUGCCUUCUCUCGGCCGCGAGUCUUUUCUUUGUUUUCCUCGCGACAAUCGCGCGGCUCGGCCGCUGCGAUGCGCCGCCACCAACCGCCGACGAGCCGCUGCAAGGCGCUUUGACACCCGCACUCGGCGUCAACGGCCUUGGCGAGGUCCUCCGACUCGAGUCGUUGCGUGGCGUUGCACCAGCGGUGGUAUGUCUUUUCUACGCCAGCGAUGCACUACGGACCCAACUGCCAAUAUACCUGCCAUCCACUACGGUCGGCUGGAAGGAUGCGUGGAGGCUGGGCAGUGUCAUCGGUGCCAUGGCGCUUGGUGCCCUCAGUGACGUUGCGUUUGAAUCGCAGCGCGCGCCAACGAUCGUGCUUCUCUUCCUCGUCCAAGCGGUUGGGAUCUACCUCGUGUGUGCGCUGGCACCGCACGUGACGUACACUGCGUGGCUCGUCACUGGCGCCAGCGCGCUUCUCCACGGCAACAUCGUUCUGCUGUGGCUAACGUGGCCCAUGGACAUGCCGCCGGAAAUGGCUGCCAGCGCCAGUGGAGUCCUCACCACUCUGGGGUGCAUCGGAGCUGGGAUCGCAUCGAUGGUGGUCCAUUGCUUGGCGGAUACGCACAUGUGCCUCGUCGCGCUGCUCGCAGCGUGCCUCGCGGGCAGCGGCAGCAUGCUCUGCGUCUACCUCGUCGCGCUCUACCCACUUGUACGACCGCUCCUCACGACCUUUGAUGAAGGCGUCUCCUGA